AUGAGCCGCGGAGGAUUUUCUUCGUUUGAUUCUUUUUUUAUGGAACCGAUGCCCGAACUCGAACCAAGGGACUCUUCACUUUUCGCGAACAUUUCUAACGUCGAGCAGCGAUAUAUGUUUCAGGACAUUGGUGAGUGAAAAAAAGUGAUAGCUCUUUUGCUAAUCAAUACUGAGCAAACAGCGCCGAUGUUUGGGUUGUGAUUAUUCCUCAUGGCACAGAUUCUGAGAUAAGUUAACUUUGUUUGAUUUCAAAGAUGAAUUAAAACGAAGAAGAAGAAAAAAAAGAAUUGGAGAAUUAUGAAUCUUAAAAGUAGAAACAUGCGUAUCCGCUGAAUUUCAAUUCCUGUCUGAUCAGACUUUCUUCGAAAGGAGCAACAAAGACAGUGGUUCAUUUCGAUUUUAACCCAGGAAAUUCCAAAAACAACAUUUAAUGCAUAGCCUUCUUCUCCUUUCCUUUUUUUGUAUAGGACACACAGGAAACUUAAUUUUUUGCCGUGAUACUGGAUCUUCAUAAACUGAUCAGCUCUUUAGCCUUUAGUUAGUCGUACAGCAGAACUGAGGAUACUUCAAGAUCUCGGCGCGUUAAAAAAUGAUCGCACUUUAAUUUUGCUGCUUUUGCAAAAGGCAACUUAAUUUCGUUUGAGUUUACUGAGGAAAUCUAUCACGAGGAUCAAAGAUAUUUUUCUAUGAGCUUUACUCUGAAUUUGGGUUUACAGAGUAAGUUAACAAGCGCGCUUUGCUUUUGAAAUGUUACCAAAAAUUGUUACAAAGUUGAAUGUUAAGUCGUGCUGAUAGAUUAACAAAGGUGGUCUUCAAAUCUCGAAUCCAUCUUGGAGAAUUGCACAAGCUAAGCAAAAUACUCCAAACCUAAGGUUAAAAUUUUCACCGUUUAAUUCUUAAUUUUUUUUUGCCAUUCAUUACAUGUCAUCAAUUUUUUUCAGUUUUUCAUAGUGUCGUGUAUUUACGAACAAAACAAGGUCGCAAAAAUUUACUCAGGAGCGCAUCAAACAUUUUCGUGACUUUGAUCUUGGUCAAAAUGGCUUCCUUACGACGUAACAAUGUUUCCCAGCCAAUGAGUUUCAUUUCCGACGAAACAAAUAUCUUCGUGUCGACAAUGUUGAUUAUUGACGAAAUUUUUCAAACAAAAAAUAUUUUGAACGCAGUUAAUUCGUUUUGUUGAUUUGAUAAAGACUAUUCCGGAAUAAUCCCAGAAUCCCAGAAUGUAUUCCUAUCGUACCCAGGCUUCGUUAUUCGUGUGGCAGGUCACGUGAUCUGAAUGAUCCCCAGCAGAUUGUCGAUUGUGUCGGAUACCAAACUGCAUGUUCGGGCGAAGUUCGGGUGAAGUUCGGGCAGGUUGAAACACCCCACAGGGGACAGGGCAAGAGUACAUCGUCAUCCCGCGAAGUCCAUGGCCCCAUCUCUCAUACAAGGCCUUUGUCACAGCCUGCUAGCCUUUUAUGUUUUACAUUUUUGUUCGCGUCAAAACAUACUCAGCUAAUCAACAAAUCAAAGCAGAGAAGGAUUUCCAGUUUUUGAACCUCGUUCUCAGGGUUCUUCCUUUGUAAGGGGAAAAUCGUUAGGAACGAGGUUAAGCAGGUCUUGUGGGAAAAGAAAUAAAAAAAUAGACUCAAAAUUCUUUAUUGCAUGCCGUGGUGCUUAUUUGUUUUAGCCUGUGAGAAAUUUCCCUGUUUAGGGCAUAUCAUAACAACAAGUCACGUUCGAGCGAAACGCGGGACUGGAGGGAGACAAGCGGAGAAAGCCCCCACAGCGCGUUCUUGCAGAGCUGGCUUCAAUCGCUAACUAUGGGCGUUUCAAUUCAACAAAAAUUCCAGUUUUAAUUUCCAAAGUUCCACGCGCCCAAUGGAACAGUAUAUUCCGGUUGCACAUACCCGACGCAAGCCACCGCGCGUUUGGUUAUUGUUCCCGUAAGCAGGAUGCAAGAGUGGUACUAGGGAUAGACCAGACCAGUCAAAGUGGACCAUCUUCAAUGGUGGUCCCAAAUAUUCCGGUCGGACCGAACCGAAAUAGCCCCGUUUGAUUUGAUUUCUAACCAAAAUUUCCGGAAUUUUGGGCUGAAUGGAAAGCGCCCUAUAUCUGUCGCUGAAGAAGGCUCCAAGGGUAUGCAAGUGAAUCUGGGAUUAAAAUGCUCACAGAAACGGGGGAAUACUAUAAGAAAGAAACGAAAAAUAAUAUAUUUCUCUUGCAUUGGUUAUAUGUACUUUAGAUGGUUUUGGACUGAACAAGGCAAAAGCUACAGUGGAUCAAGAACUUUUCGUGACCGGAAAAGUCCAAGCUCAGAACAGAAAUCCGCGUACAGCUUUUUCUUCGUUACAGAAACGUGUGCUGGAGGAGGAAUUCCAACGUUGUUCGUAUCCAUCAUCGCGAGAGCGGGCCAUACUGGCGUAUGUCCUGGAACUAAGGCCUGAAGUUGUGCAGGUAAUCUUUCAGAAUCAGUGUCGAGCGAUUGUCUGGAAUGAUAUGCCUUCAUUCGACCUUAAUUUAAAUAAUCCUGGUAACUCGAACUCUGAAGGGAAACGAAAAACAGUUCGAGUUAACGGGGUCGAUUGCAAAAUUCAAUUUGCCAUACUAAAAAUUGAUAGUUACUGAUUUUUCAGCACUUCAGUGUAUUUUUUAGUGCAGUGCAAUUUUAAACUCAUUUCAUCAGAAACGGUAAUGUGAUUUGGCAUUUGUAUGAUAGGCGUUAUCUGUUCGCUGUACCAAUUAAAAUCAAAUUGAUGUAGUGUUGACCAGUGCCGUUGUUUCCUUAGAAAAGGAACUUACUAAAAGAAAGGCUAAUGGAAUUGAAACCGAGUGGAUAUAUGGGUAAAUUUCAGUGAAAUUUUGAUCAAGGGAAGUGAAAUUUACUUCAGUUUUUUGUGCUCUUUUUGACUAAGUGGGUCUCGUGUUGUUUAUCCCAUACUAAACCGACUCUUACCCAGCCCCUUUCCGUUUGUAACUAGGCAAUUGAACUACUUUUACUUUACGUUUCUUUCUUUAGAACUGGUUUAAGAGAAAAAGGUACAGACGGCGAAGAGAAUCACCUUCCGUAGAGCAUCAUGCCCAGUCUUCAAACUCUGUUACUCCGGAGCAGUCAGUACCAACCACAGAGAAUAUUAUCUGCCGUAACACCGUUAUUCAUUACACGACUGGAGGCGCUGUUAUACAAAUAAAUUGA